CACCCGCCUGAUGAUGAAGAAUAACGCCAGCGCGGAGAUAUAACGACUUGUUACGAAAUGGAAAGGUACUUGAAAGAUGAGCCCAAGUUACAAUCGUAUAAAAAUUUACCUACGGAGCUUGACACCGCACCUUGGAACAUGUUCAGGGCGCCACCUAUAUCGUGGACAGCAUCCACUUGUACCACGAAUGGACAGUACGAGCCAGCCAUCAAAAUGGAGGUUACGACGUCUGACGAGAGAGAUCCUCUCUGCCUGGCAGAUAUUAAAUUCAGUCCAGGUAACCACAGUCACAACGGCCGCGACAGGGAUCUAUUAGAUCGGCAUUUGGACUCCCUCUCGAUGUCGUCAGCGAGUUCAGCAUGUUCAGUCCUGUCGUGGGACAGCUCUCCCUCCCUGUCGUGUACAACUCUUAUUUUAAAGAAGGAGCAUGGCGAAGAUCUCGAAGAGGAUUUAGAACACGAGGAAAUCGAGGAGGAUGAUGGCAGUUCAUGCGAAGGCGAUGGACAAAUAUUGACGCCGCCAUCAAGUCCUGAGUCAGGUCAAGGACAUUCCAAUUCCAGUCACUCGUCGAGCGGUAGUUCGAUUCUAGACGCACAGAAUUUAAACAUCCAUGGAACGGGUGGCAGGAGUGCUAUUGUCAGGGUCACCGCCACCAAUGCCCAAAGUGUAGCUAGAUUAAUCUCCGUAUCAACGAAUGGUUUCCCAACUGUCGCGAGCACACAACACUUACAUGUAGGAACAACGGCAGUUGCAUCCGUAGUUGCGAAUAGGCACCAUGCAAGAAGUCACGAACACAGCCCACUGGACACGAAGCGCAGGAUACACAAGUGUCAGUUUCCCGGGUGUAAAAAAGUCUAUACCAAAAGUUCGCAUCUCAAAGCGCACCAGAGAACACACACAGGAGAGAAGCCAUACAAAUGCAGCUGGGAGGGUUGCGAAUGGCGAUUUGCACGGUCAGACGAGCUGACACGCCACUAUCGCAAGCAUACUGGCGCAAAACCCUUCAAAUGUAGGCACUGCGACCGUUGUUUUUCUCGCAGCGAUCACUUAGCACUGCACAUGAAGAGGCACGUCUAAUCUCGUGCUUUUUAGCAUCCUCGAGUCCGCGAGAAAAGAGUCCUGGCAUAACCUCGACCACGGAAGAAGCGGAUCGUGCGUGGAUGUAGCGAUAGUCGAUGGGUCGAUAACUGAUCUCAUUUAGUGGCUCGUCACGCUGGACGCGGUCAAGCUAUGUGAUUCGAACUCCACUCAAAUCGUUCCCGAUCGAUGAAUCACCGUAUCCUCCGUAUGCACAAUGCUUCCUAUUUGCGAUUAAGCUACGCUUAAUUGUCUAACCGUUUCACGAAGAAUACUUCCUAUCGCCAGGAUCCGGAGCCAUAAACCUCAAAAUGUGAUAGUGUGUAAUGAACAAUUCACGCUGUAUUGCCCAACGUUAUCGAUCUUCCUCUUCAUCUUCAUAACUAUUUUCUUCUUAUCGAUACCACCCGCCAUAAUUCUCAAGAUGUAUGAAGCGUCAUCAGUCGUUCAUUGAGACUCGGAAUUCUUUCAGAUUAAAAUUUAACAAUCUGCACUCACAUCAAAAGAUUAUUUCAUUCCUAAAUUAGGGCCUCUAAAUUGAUUCACAAUUUUAGACUCUAAUGUGAAGAAUGCAUCGCAUUGAAGAAAGAAGCUUUGAGUUGUCCUCAAUUUCGUGACUUUGCCAUGAAUUAAUCGCCUUCACUGUAAGUAAGUGCCAUAAGGUGACGUUAGGCUUCGUGUCGUUAUUAAUUGUCGUAAAAAGGGACGACCUUAAGCAGAUUUUCAGAAAUCUCGAAUGAGAACAAUUCCAUUUGACAUAAAGAACAAAUCAAGAGUAAAUAAUGUUCUGAAUGAGGCGUCUUCUGCAUGCAAACUUUCGUUCGAGUUUAUCUGCGUGGAUAACAUGAAUUCUUUUUAUAUGUUAAUGGUGACUUCAAAAGGCUUAAUGCACCCUUAAGUUCGCAUACAGUUAAGUUCAGCGAUAAAAAUUUCGCGAAAUUAACGCGCGCACGGUUCUCUAGCAGAGACCGCUAAUCACUGCCAGUUACUGAGUAAACAUCUCAGAAUUGUCUCUUAAAACAUUUGAUUCUGGAUAAGAGGAAACUACAAGGUUUUUAAUUUUAAAAUAAGUUGACGUGUGAAGGUGGACGUUUUUUAUGAUUCUUAUGUAUACAAAAGUUCAAGUUUGUUAAUUGAUGCUGCAUGUAAUAUUCUUUUGAAAGUGAAAAGAUAUAUUGUCGUUUUAUGUAUAUUUGCCUUGUUAUAAAUGUUUGUAGUUUUAAUACGUGUUUUAUAAGUAUAAACAAAUGUAUGGGUAUGUUAGUGUUAAUAGAAUUUUGCGAAACCAUUUCAAACAAUUCGCUGCAUUAGCAUUGGCAAUAAGUUGAUUUCUUGUAUCAAAAAUGAACAAAAACCUAUUUUAGAAAAUUCGAGUAUACAACCCAGGUAUACAGAAAGUUGUGUAAAGGCCGACAGGUCGUAUAUAUUUUUAAACAAAAAAUAUGCAUGCCCUGAUUAAAAAAGUUCUCUAAAAUUGUAUUACCUCUUCUCUUAAAGACAUGACGUUUCUAAAAGAAAAGAAGUAAAUUUUUUGACCAGGUGCUUUAAUAUAUGUUCAAUGAAGUUGCUGAAUUGACUUUCGACUGAUAUAUGAAAGCGUCGCAGGUGGUUCGAGUUUCUCACAGUUACUAAUCAGAUAUUCCUCUGUGAAAAGGACUGACAAGAAGUAUUAAAAGAAAAUUAUUUUUAUCUAGGACAAUACGCAACGAUCACAGCUUCAGGUGCCAAAUAAUUUCUCGAAAGCAUUUUCGUUCAUUUGAAGAUGUAAAACUCGAACAAACUUGUUAUGACUUCACGGAAAAGUUAUGGCAGGGUUCGAGCUUAUAUGCUAAGAAAUGUGUAAUUUGAUGCAACUCGGAACAAUGGGAAUUGGGAAGGCACACUAAUGGAAAGGAUAAUUUUAAGUUGUUUCCACCUUUGCAAUGUUUAAUACGAACGCUUGUUAUCCGUAUUGCAAGCAUGUUUCGUUUGUAUAACGGGGACAUAAUCGCGAACUUAUUACGUCUCUCGCUCUAACGAACUUUCUAAUUUAUUUUAACGUGUUGUAAUGCUUAUGAUGUAGCAGAUUAUCUUUUAAAAUUUAUUUUUAAUACAGUUUAACUGAAAGAUUUUCUUUUUUAUUUAUCGUUAAAUAACGUUCACAUGAAAUAGAUAAAGAGUUAAUUGAAAGCAGGCUUCAGAAUUGAUUUCAGUGCUGGUUUUAAAAAUAAAAUAACAAUUUGUAAUGUAACUUCAAAUUUUACUUUCGACUAAAAUGACUCUUUUCAUAUCAGCUUAAAAAAAGUAAUAAUUGCUUUGCACAACUAAAUGUUUAAUGUUUAUAGAUGGCAAUCCCUGGCCAUAUUAUUAGACAGAAGCUAUAUAUGUAUAUAAUAUGGCCAGGGACUGUAAAAAUGCCUACAUUUUUUAUUUUGAAUAGCUAGUUUACGUCGCAUUUUUCUUUUACGGAUAUUUAUAAGGCAGUUUUAUUCGAAGAUUAAUUAUUUUACGUAACCCAUUUAUAUUCUUAUUUUCUGUAUAAAGUAAUGAAAUACUGAUAUAUUUUUGUAUUCAUUUGCAUAUAGCACAAUCAGUUAUUUUCAAGUCAUAAUAUUCGGCCAAUAGUUUAUA